CAGGGACAGCAAGGCUCAAGCUGCCUGAAUCAUGCCAGACAACCUCACCAAGGGCAGCUCUGAUUCCAGUGGGACCACACAAAUGCUCGAUUCUUCCCUGGUCACCUGCACAGAAACAGUGACUUUCACUGAAGUGGUGGAGGGAGAGGAAUGGGGCUCUUUCUACUACUCCCUUAAGACUGAGCAGUUGAUAACGCUGUGGAUCCUCUUCGUCUUCACCAUUGUUGGAAAUGCCAUUGUGCUGUUCUCCACAUGGAGACGGAAGAGAAAGUCAAGAAUGACCUUCUUUGUGACUCAGCUGGCCAUCACAGACUCUUUCACAGGGCUGGUUAACAUUUUGACAGACAUCAUUUGGCGAUUCACUGGAGACUUCAUGGCACCUGACCUGGUUUGCCGAGUGGUCCGCUAUCUGCAGGUUGUGCUGCUCUAUGCGUCCACUUACGUGCUGGUGUCACUCAGUAUAGACAGGUACCAUGCCAUCGUCUACCCCAUGAAAUUCCUACAAGGAGAAAAGCAAGCCAAGGUCCUCAUAAUGAUUGCCUGGACCCUGUCCUUCCUGUUCUCCAUUCCUACACUGAUCAUAUUUGGAAAACGGAAACUCUCCAAUGGAGAAGAGCAAUGCUGGGCCCUAUGGCCAGAUGACUCCUACUGGACACCGUACAUGACUAUUGUGGCCUUCCUGGUGUACUUCAUCCCUCUGACCAUCAUCAGCGUCAUCUAUGGCAUUGUGAUCCGGACUAUUUGGAUUAAGAGCAAAGCCCAUGAGACAGUGAUUUCCAACUGCUCAAAUGGAAAACUGUGUACCAGCUACAACAGAGGGCUCAUCUCCAAGGCAAAAAUCAAGGCCAUUAAGUAUAGCAUUGUCAUCAUUCUUGCCUUCAUCUGCUGUUGGAGCCCAUACUUCCUCUUUGAUAUUUUGGACAAUUUCAGUGUCCUUCCAAACACCAAGGAGCGUUUCUAUGCCUCUGUAAUCAUCCAGAAUCUGCCAGCCUUGAACAGUGCCAUCAACCCCCUCAUCUACUGUGUCUUCAGCAACUCUAUCUACUUCCCCUGUAGGGAGCAAAGAUCACGGGAUUCCAGAAUGACCUACCGGGAGAGAACUGAAAAAUAUGAGAUGCAGGUUCUAUCCAAGCCCGAAUUCAUCUAGACC